AUGCUUUUGGCCAAUCAGAUCACAGUGUCUUUGAUGCCUUUGUUUUUAAACCCGGUUCACAAACAUUAACAGUCUGUUUUGCACAAUGAUGGUAACAAGCUCGAGAAACAUUAUAGGCAUCUCCGGAACACUACCUAAGGCAGUGCUUUCAUCUGUAAAGUCCCCCAAGAAAGGUCGUCGUCUGAAAAAACGUCCCCAAGUUUCUGAGACAAAUUCGGAUUCACAUCAAGAAAUCUCUACCCUUAAUCAUCAUAGACCUUUUGAAAAUGAUCUUAUCCCUGACCAAAGUCUUUCAACACAAACUUUCAGUCCAUGGACACCAAUGCCCUUUCCAAGCAUUCGCUGUCAAGCAUUUUAUUACACUAUUCAGGAAAAAUUAUUCUCUUCAUUGUCUCAAGAAAAAUUGCUUCAUGUUGACAAUGAACACUUGCUAGCUGUGAACACAGAUUUGGAUGAUAAAGUUGACGCAUCUUUAAGAUCAGAAACAUUAUCCAAACUGUGGUCCUUACAUAGCGCCUAUUAUUCACUAUCCUCAAUCACAUUCUGCAAGGCAGUAUGCUUAAUGGAUUCACUUAUUGCUAAAGUGAAAGUUAAACCCAAGUACGCAAUGUGCGUAGCCGCUGCUUGCUACUAUAUCACUUCCAAGUUCGAGAGAUCAUCCGAUCGCAUUUCACCCACACCUGAAAGCCUCGUAACGCUAUCAAGAUGUGGUGGCACAGCUGCUGAUCUAACGCGGAUGGUGGAAAUUAUCCUUACAAAGUUAGGACCUUCCAGCGUCGCUGCUGUCGGUGCGUGCUCGGCUACAGCCAUCGAUUUCCUGUCCAUUUUCUCUUCGUUCGGCAUUCCAUUUACGUCUUAUCAGAACGAAUCUGGAAAUCAAAGCACUUGGUUGCCUGUCCCUAUAUCUGUUUGUCGUCAAAUCGAAAUCGCUCUAAUAUCCCCAGAGGUAUCAUGCUUUCGUCCGUCCUGCCUAGCACUGGCUUUGCUCAAUCAUCUUUGCUUUAGUUCAACUGUCGGAUCACUGGGUUCAGUUGACGAUUGGUUACAGUUUCAUACGUCCGACCUCUAUAACUUGUCGCUUAUAUGCAACGUAAGUAACUUUAAAUCUUGAGUCUAAACUUUUGAAAAAAAUUUCAGUUAAUAAACUUCUUCAUAACUUGGAAAUGAUACUCACCUGUUUGGCCACCAUACUUUUUAACAGUAUAACGAAGAAAAGCAUUAAAGGAUAAAGGAAUGGUAAACAAUAGGCGUGCUCAAAAUACUAGCUGAUUUUGGUGGAAAUACUAAAGACUGCCAGUACCACUAUUCAUGUUAAAUGGUCCCUUUGAUUACCUAUGUAUAUUAGUUUAUGGCUGGUCCCAACAGUCUACAACGCAUCUGUUUCUUAUUCGCAUUCAAUAAACUUAUACGAUAUACACUGCACUUAUACUCCAGUUUUGGGAUUUCGGAAACUCGGCACAUGAACAAAUAUUAAUUUCGUGGACUGAUGUUGAUGCAUGUUCUUCCACUUUAAAAGAUGCACUUUCCAAAACAUCAGGAUCCUACACAGUUCAGGAUUAUCCUUCAUCCCGUUUAUUAGGCAGCUCACCACCACUUGUGUGGACUUUGUCAAGGCGUACACAACGCAGCAUUUCUACAUCUUCUCCCCCAGCCCUUUCAACUAUCACUGAGAUAGAUGAAGAGCAGGUCCAUUUAAAUGAUACUUUUUCGAACAUGGAUUUGGGUUUAUAACACAUUGACGAGGCAUGUUCAAACUUUUGAAUACAGUCUCAUCACUUUUCUUUUUUUGUCAAGUAUACUCCCGUCUCUAUUGUUUGUUAUUCAGCUUUUAUAAUUCUAAUAUACAUUUUAAUUAUUAUCCAAUCUGUGAUUGGGAAACUCAAUGAAAAAAAAUAAAAAUUUUUUUUAACUUAAACUGUGAAAAAAAAACAAGAUAAAAGUUUCCAUUCCUAUUGUCUUUAAUUUUUUUUUUAUAGUUGUUUCUCUGAACAAUUUCCCGCCCUAAAAAAAAACAUUUUAAUCAGUUGUGUACAAAAUUUCAAAAACUACUUUUUAUACUUUAGUAAAAAAGAAAAAGAAAUUAACAAUCAAUUUACUUUGUUAGUUGUGUUGUUAAUCAGCUGCAAAACUAACUAUAGCUCAAUUGUGUAUACCAUCACUACUACUACUCCUACUCCUACUACUAUCAGCAUAUCUUCACUUAGCCUAGUUAUUGUGGGUUUUUUUUGUUCCUGUUCACUUUGUUGUCAAAUUCUAUAAAAUAAAAAAAAAGAAAAUUAGACCAUUGUGCUUAACUAGGACACUUUUCUUUCGGAACAGCGAAAAUAAUUGAGAAUCUUUUUUUUUCAAAAUAACUUCAGUUCUUCCCUCUUUUUUUUUUAUACCGACAAAAAAUUAUAAAAUCUAAAUUGUGAUCAAUAAUAUAUAAAUUACUAACUACUGCCACUUAGUCUUGUUAACCUUUUGUUUGUUGUAAGUGUUGUUGUUGUUAUUCAUUUAUUCUAUUUACCUCUGUCUCUCUCUCUUUGUUUUUUUGUCUAGUUGACUCUUAUUUUUUUUUCUCGACAAUUUUUCUGCUGAACUUCUUCUUCCUUAGGAAGAUAAAAAAUCAUGUAUGUAUCCUAUCUUAUCCUGGUUCCUCUUUCUAGUCCAUUAUCUAUUAUUAUUAUUAUUCAGUCUAUCAACAAAAUUUUAUUAAGAGAAAAAAAAGUGCAAUAAAAAUAUUUUUUAAAUU